CUCCAGUGCGUCUCCGACUUUGUCUCCUCACCACAGAGGACAACAACUGGCUUCAGGUUCGAGCCCAGUGGUGACGUCUACACGUCCUGCAGGCAGAAGAAGAAUCCUUUCGACAUCUAGUACCACAGUAACAGAACUUUUGCCAAAGAACUACGGUGUGGGCGUCACAACCGAUUUUCAACAUGGAAUGCAGCACCUGGCACUGCGCGAGGGCCAUCUCAUCGCAGGGUCGUUGCUUGGAGGCCUCCCGCAACCGUUGCCUGGCAAUAAGAGACUAUCGGGGUCCACCAUUAAGGCAUCGUGGUCUGGUGUUUAUUUUUGAGGUACUAGAAGGAUAAAUGAGAUGAGGGCCGCGAGGAUUAUACGUUGAAACAUUUGAUAUUAUCCGGAAACAUUCUAGUUAGGUCGGCUCCACCACAAAAAAAAAAGAUAUUAUAGCAUCAGAUAAAUGCCGGAAUCAAACAAUCGGUUGAUGCUUUGCCUUUAUGAUAGCGUUCUACUAGUACUAGUGGUAGUGCGUUCCGCCUUGAGAGUCUUUAGCUCUAACAUUCCAAACGUCCCCCCUGUGCGCGAGGGGCCCAACGAGGCGUUUCCUAGCAGAACAGCGUUAGAGGAAUACGAAAUACGCGAGUUAGCCGACGAUUUGAACACGGUUUCACCAGUAGACAAGCUCUACGACGAUCAGGUUCGGAAUAGCGAGACUUUCCUGAGGGAUCGCCAGUAUCGUGCCUUCAAACUUGGCGAAGAGGACCUCACGAAGCGCAGCGUGAGCGUCACCAGCCGAAAAUGGGUGCCGAGAGAUCCAAAAACAGGAAAACAGAUCCCAGACCCAAAGGACGGCGGAAUACAAGAUACGAAGU